AUGCCAGAGACCCCAAUAAUAAUCAUCGGCGCAGGAAUAAGUGGCCUCAUCCUAGCUCAACACCUCCAAAGCCAAGGGAUCCCAUUCGAAAUCUUCGAUAGUGAUUCCGCAUUUGACGCUCGCAACGGAGGUUGGGGGCUAACACUCCACUGGGCCCUCCCAGCUCUACGCCAACUCCUUCCCGAAUAUCUAGUAGCCCGACUUCCGGAGACCUUUGUCAAUAAAGAUGCAGCAGCCCGUGGCGACAUGGGGCGAUUCCAGUUCUUCGAUUUAAAAUCGGGCCAGGCACUCUACGAUGUUCCUGCAGAAGAACGGAUCCGCGUGAAUAGAGGGCGAAUGCGGGAAUUGUUGACCUGUGGACUCAAGAUUCAGUGGAAUAAGAAAUUCGUGAAUAUCGAAUCUAGUGAGAAAUCUAUUAUCGCUCACUUUGAUGAUGGUUCAUCCUGCACCGGCUGUCUUUUGGUUGCUGCUGAUGGCGCACGGUCGCGCGCCCGACAGAUUCUCUAUCCACAGGGCUAUGCGAUGAAUCAGCUCCCAGUUCAACUUCUGGGCGCGUCUGCGCUAUACACGCAAGAACAACUGGGAGGUGUAGAGACUAUAGACCCGUAUAUUUUCCAGGGAUCUCAUCCUGACACCGACGUGUUUAUGUUUUUCAGCUUUCUGGAUACUCCGAGCAAUUUCAACGAAAGCAGCAGGAACCAGUAUCACUGCCAGAUCGUUGUCUCCUGGGCUGAUAAAAAGGGCAUUCUUUUGCCUUCUACUAAUUCCGAUCGCAUGGCUCUCAUGAGGCAAUUGACUGAUAACUGGGCCGAACCGUUUCGCUCGUUAGUGUACAAUCUGCCGGAAGAGACGGAAGCCCGAUCGAUCCGGGUCGAUGAUUGGAUCUUUCAGCCUGGACAGAGUGACGAGUAUCCGCGAGUCAUACUCGUGGGCGAUGCGGCGCAUACCAUGACCAUGUUAGUCCGCGGCGAGGGUGCUAAUAAUGCAAUUGUGGAUGUCUUGGAUCUAGUGGAGAAGGUUGAUUUGGGGAAUAUUAGCGCACUGUCCUCAGCAGAUCUGGCGCUUUCUAGAGCUGCAUAUGAGGAUCAGAUCUUUUCCCGUGUGGAGCCUAGUGUACUCGCUUCCCGACAAGCUUGUCUUGAUGCACAUGAUUUUUCUCAGAUCAAGGGAAGUCCAUUGGUGACUCCGAGAAUAUGGAAAAGCAGAUCCGACUUGAAAUGA